AUGAGAUCUACAGACCUGUGGUCAUCCAUCGCCUUGCUGCUAGCAUCGGCCAGCACCGCGGCAGCAAGCUGCGCUCUCCCAUCCACCUACAGCUGGACCUCAACCGGGCCCCUCGCACAGCCCAAAUCCGGCUGGGCCGCCAUCAAAGACUUCACCAACGUAGUCUACAAUGGCAAGCAUCUCGUCUAUGCCUCCGUCGCCGAUACCUCCGGCAACUACCACUCGAUGAACUUUGGCCUCUUCUCCGACUGGUCCAACAUGGGCUCCGCCAGCCAGAACCAAAUGAGCAACAACGCCGUCGCCCCGACACUGUUCUACUUUUCGCCCAAAAACAUCUGGAUCCUCGCCUACCAAUGGGGAUCCAGCGCUUUCACCUACCGCACCUCCAGCGACCCCUCCAAUGCAAAUGGAUGGUCCUCCGAGAAAGCCCUUUUCACCGGUAGCAUCUCCGGCAGCAGCACGGGUGUCAUCGAUCAAACCGUCAUCGGCGACUCAAGCAACAUGUACCUCUUCUUCGCGGGCGACAACGGCAAGAUUUACCGCGCCAGCAUGCCCAUCGGCAAUUUCCCGGGCUCUUUCGGCAGCGCGUAUGAAGUUGUGCUGAGCGAUAGCACGAACAAUCUCUUCGAGGCUGUGCAGGUGUACACCGUCUCGGGACAGAAUAAAUACCUGAUGAUUGUGGAGGCAAUGGGUGCCAAUGGAAGAUAUUUCCGCUCUUUCACCGCGAGUAGUCUCGGCGGGGCUUGGACUGUUCAGGCUGGUACUGAGAGUAAGCCUUUUGCUGGAAAGGCGAACAGCGGUGCGACUUGGACGAAUGAUAUUAGUCAUGGUGAUUUGGUUCGCAAUAACCCGGAUCAGACUAAUACUAUUGAUCCCUGCAAUCUGCAGUUCUUGUAUCAGGGACGUGACCCGAACGCCAGUUCCUCAAACUACAAUACCCUGCCUUACCGCCCGGGUGUGUUGACCCUGAAGCAUUGA